AUGGGAAGAAAACGAAAAGUGCCUGUGGCCGCUGGGGAGGAGAAGGAAAACGAGGAAGAGCUACAAGAUAAUAUAUCUCCAAGUAACACAUCAGUUAUUAGCAAUGGACCCAUAUACACCAUUAUGUCCAAAAUUCAACUAAAUGAAACGUAUCACAAGAAAUAUAUAAAAGAACUAAGACAAAUAUACGAAAAGAUGGACCAUGAUGCCUUUAUUUAUACAUUCAUAAAAAUGAUCAAAUCGGCCAUGGUGGCUGAUGAAACUAACGAGUUUGCACAUACGACGCUAUUAUUCUGCGCGAAAUUUGUUGGUUCCUUUGAGGGUGAUGAAACACACCCACUGAUGUCCGACACAUGUCGAUGGCUGCUCACUACAAUUUCAAACAAUCCGCAUGUACGGUUCAGAUUGUGUCAGUUUGUCAAUAUGAUUCUAAAUGCAUUGGGGCAGGAAGCUACACUGGACGAUGUUAUAUGUGAUAAUAUAUUGGAGUAUAUGGUAGGUCGAUUGGUAGAUGUGGCACCCAGUGUACGUGUUCAGGCCAUACUUGCUAUGCAGCGUUUGCAAGUUCCUGACAAUCCAGAUGAUCCAGUGCUACGUUCAUAUCAAUACCACUUGUGCUCUGAUCCAUCACCUCGAGUACGGCAAGCUGUUAUCACAUGUAUGGGUCGUAAUUAUCAUACAAUUCCCUACAUUUUGGAUCGUCUGUGGGACAUCGAUGAUAAAGUUAGACGUCAUACGUAUUUACACAUGAGCAGUUUUCCCGUCCGAUCAUAUAAGGUCUCACAACGUCUUAUGUUACUUGAACAAGGCUUAAAUGAUCGCAAUGAAUCUGUACGAAAAGUAGUAACUACUAUUAUGCUUCAGCAAUGGAUUGAGUCUUAUCAAAAGGACCUUGUGGGACUAAUUGGUGCGCUGAAGUUAGAUUCAAAUGAAAGCGAAUUGAACCGUUUCCGAAAAAUUGGUAAACAAGUAUUGAAGGAAAUUUUCAAGAGACAUAGUAAAGACGAGCUUAUUGUUUGUCUUCCUUUGGAAACAGAGGGUGAAUUUUAUCGGUGCGUACCCCAUGAUAAUCUCAAUAUUGAGACUGCUUUUUACUGGCAAUGUUUGACGGAGCACCUCCAAAAUGAGUUGGCUGAAGAAUUGGACUUGAUACUACCAGAGUUGAGUGUAUUUUGUUCCUAUGUGGACUUUUAUUGUAAAUCUAGAAAACGUGAAAUGGAUAAAUUUGAAGCAAUGGAAUUCCAGUACGUUUUGCUUUCGCUAAUGGAAAUUCUACAUAUGUUUGAUUUGGGCGAUGAAAUUGGUCGUGGCAACUUGCAGACUCUCUUGGAGAACCUGUUGAAAAACUACAACUUAGAUGAAAAAGUAGUCGAGGUCAUUGUAAAAUGUGCAGAGAACCUUAUGAUAAAUCAAGAUGCUCGACAUCAGUUCUUUUUAGAUAUCAUUAACGAUAUAUGUGGAUUAAAUGCUAAACAACAGGAUUUAGUACAUGACCGAAAUCUUAUAAGCGAGUUGCUGGCCAACUCGACCGAUGCUGCUUUAAACCUUAAAUUGUCUUCGUUAAAAGUAAAAAUUUUAGACUUAGAAGAACAGGAAAUGAAUUACGUUCAAAUGAAGGACUAUGUGAGAGCACAGCAGAUAAUUGAAAUUAAGAAUACGGUUACCGAAGAGUUCACAAAUUUAUUACGGCCGUUAUUGGAUAAGCGCAAUAGCGAAUCCGGGAACGAAGUUCAGCCACAAUUUUCGAGAGUUGUCAAGAAUGAAUGUAUUCUACGUGGCCUACAAGUAACAUAUUACAUGGUGGUUUCUAAGCGAGUAAAAUCUUUGGGCCACGCUACGUGUCGUCUCUAUAAUGAUUUUAUAUUUCGAAAUAUUGCUUCAAAUCAAAUAGCAAUACGUGACUGGGCUCUAAAAUGCGGCGCUGCUUUCAGUAUGCUGUACGAACCUCUAGCCAAAGAUGUUUUCGAUGAAUUAUAUGCUCAAUUUUUUAAAAAUCAUAAUAUUCGAAUAUGGGAAACUGCAAUUUCAUGCAUAUUUGAACUCUUAGAUCGUUAUGGAGUAGAUAACUUUGUGGUUCAAGAGGAACAAAAUAAAUCAAAGAAAGCUGGGCGGCAGUUGUACAACACUCUAGAGUUUAUAGACGCUGAUGAAGAUACCGUACAUUCGGCUACAUUGGGUCAAGGCGUUGGCGUGAUAUACAUGAUGUCACAUUUUUUGGAUACAUGCGAUGAUAUGUGCAUAGUAAGAGCUAUUAUUGACGGUUUUUGUCGAUUGGUGUUGCAUGGACAUAUUGAUAAUCGUGACAUAAUAGAAAAGUUGUUACUUCGCUAUUUUAAUCCAACAACAGAACCAGAAAUAAAUCAAAUACUUAGUGUUUUCCUUGAGAAUCUUAUACAAAGUAGGAAACAACGAUUGCUGCAACCGUGCCUAAUGGCUACAGUUAAUUCUGUUCUUACGGCUCCAUACGACAGUCCUUUACAUGAUAUUCGCCCCGAAACUAUUACCCAUUUCAUAAUAGACACCACUCGUCCAGAUGCACUUUCCGUAGGACCGAACAAGGAAAACUCACACAAUGCAUUAGCCUUAAUAUUCCUGAAUGAAAUGGUUAAUAAUUCCAACAAUAAGGAACUAUGCAAAUUAUUAGCCAAAGAUUUGCUGAGCCUAGAAGUUAAUCUAUCCAACGAUGAAAAACUUAAAAAGGAAAUGAAGGAAUUAGCUGAUAAAAUUAUACAGAACAAAUUUGAUCCUAAAACGGUUAAGAACGUUAUCGACUUUAAAGACCUUCUUGACGGCGUGUUUAAUCCUCCUCCAAAACGCUUAGAUGGAGAUUUAGCUUCCGAUGAUGAGGAGGAAGAGGAAGAUGGUACAGUUGAUAUGUGUCAUAAUGACAAAAGUUUAGAAAAGCAAAAUGACGAUCAAACAAUUACAAACUGUUUAACAGAAAAUACAAAACAGGAUGAAAGUAAUGAUAACAUGUCAUCAUCUCAAAUGGGUGGUGUUAAUGUCUUAAAUGAGCCGACUUUCGUUCCAACAACAGCAGUGCCCGUUUCACCCACGUCGACUAGCAUUACUACUACAUUCGGAAGCGAAAAUCGAACCAUACAUAACCUUCUGCGAAGAAGGUCUAGACAAUCACGUAAUGAUUCUGUUGAUAGCAACCAAAUAAAUCUCACUGAUAGUACGACAAGACCUAAUAAAAUUCGAAUAGAAGCUCGUAUAGACUCUGUUAAAAAGGUAGAAACCACGCCUAGAAAAACAAGUAGUGCUAGCCCUCGAGUCCGUCGAAAUUUACGCUAUAAGAACAAAGACAAUAUCACUAGAGAAAAGGAACCAGAGACAAUUAUAGAAAUGAUAUUAGUAAGUCCCUCCAAACAGCAUUCUGCAUCGAUUGUUACAUCACCUCAAGCAGAAAUUCAGAGAACAUCUGCUGUUGGGGAGGGACAAUCUACAAAAACUCAAAUCAAUCAAAGUAAUGGUGUGAACAACUGCUCACCAAUUUCACCGAGUUCAACAAAAGACAAGCAUGUCAAUAUAACAAAUGAUCCCGAUCAUACAAUGGCUAAUAAUGAUACCAGGUGCAAUGACGAAGUAAAUGGGCCAGAGACUGCAAUAUCGGAAGAUUUGGAUACAUCUGAAGUCAUACCCGCGUCUCCAACUGCAGCACCCUUAGAAAAAACAAUGCGUUUGCGAGCUACCGAUUCCGUACGUUCGAUGCGUAGUCGUACAAACCGCAAUAUGUCACAAAGCAAUGACAAAGUCGUGGAUUCCACUCCCGUUCGAAAUGGACGCAAAAGGGUUUUACGAAAGUCUCCGGCAUCUCUUUCAUCAGCCUCUUCGAAGUCCAUCUCAUCGCCUUUACGAAAACAACCAUGCAUUGAAAUAGACACCCAGAAUAUAGCUGACGUUUUAAAGUCAAGUGCACCAAGAACCCCAAAGAAUAAUGAUAAUGUGGCAAAUGGAAGGGAUACUGACUCUAACGCUGGCGUAAGUCCUGCAUCUGAUAAAGAGAAUAAAAAUAGCGAUGACGCUCAGAUGAUAUCAAACGUUGAAAAUAAAACACCUCGUAACAAAAGAGAAAACAAAACAGUUGUAAAAACAGCAGAAAAACAGAAGGAAGGUCCCGUUGUUACUACGAGAAAUUCUGCUAAAAAACAGCUUAUUUCGAAAAUGAUUAUAACGAGAAAGCGAUAUUCGCAGGAAAAUCUUGGUUUGUUAAGUCCCGUACAUAAAACACAAGCACGUAAAAGUCGCAUUCCUGUCAGACAACAUCCGGAUAAGAACAGUUCUGCAUCCAGCUCGUCCCCAGUAAAAGGCCAAAGCUCGCGUUCGAAGCGAUUGAACUUAUCAUUGGCUCCAAGCCGUUUGCCGAGGAAACUUUCUUCUAAAAUGUCCACAUCAACAGUAGCCUAA